AUGAAGUUUGGUGAAGCCUUUGCGCAGAGGUCUGUGCCAGAAUGGGCGGCGUUCAAUCUCAAUUACAAUGGGAUCAAGGAUGUCAUCAAACGGCACACCUCCAACAGCUUAAAUCAUGGCGGCCCUGUCAACAUUCCACAGCAAGGCAAGGCCCGGUGGGAAGACUCGGACCAAGCUCUUUUCCAGACGUUGAGGGAUCAGUAUGACAACAUCAGUCUCUUCUUGCGAAUGAAGCAGGGAGAAAUCGACAGGCGGCUCAAUGUCCUCAAGAGACAGAUCAUCUCGCUCCGAACAUAUGCCGACGAGAGAGCUCUUGAUCGAGACAUCGCGGCAUCAAUGCAAGGCCGCAAAUAUCGGAGACUGUCCAAGGAGGUUGAAGAGCUCGGGGACCUAAUCCAAAAGGUUGCUCGGUUUGCGUCUGCCCAGAAAAUCGCCUUCCGGAAGCUGCUUAAGAAAUAUACCAAAUGGACUGGGUCUACCUCAUUGCAAACCCGGACGGAUGUCGAAUUGUUCUCGUCAAACCAACUCAGGACCGAUUACUCCGACUAUCUACAAGAAUUGGCCAAACUCCGAACUAUCCUCGUCGAAGAGCUCUCCGUUCCUAUGCUUAGGAGGCAGCAGGUUGAACGCCCGACCAGACAGCAGCCGCAGGGUGGAACUUCCACAACGAGCACCCGAUCGUUAAUCGCCCAGAUCAACUCCUCUAUCGAAGCAGCCCCUUCAGCUUUUGAUGCUGCUAUUAUGACGGUGCCAUAUGGGGAGGCCGCUGGCAGUGCUAUGUACUGGAUCCACCCAGAUAAUCUCGACGAAGCACGCGCCCUGCUACACAGGAAUAUGAAGAGGGCCGAUCCAACCUCUACCUUGCCAUCACGAACGACUUCACAAGAAUCCCUUGUAUCAACGAACGGCCUGCCUGCUCCACUCCCGAACCAUUCCAGUACUCAUAUGAUCUUCUUCGACAAUGCACAGAGAUUUGUAGCGGACACAAGCACCGCAAGGCCCUCAAGAAUAGCUUUGAGCGCUCACUGGACCUGCAACAAGCACGCAGCGGUGACACUUGCUGGACUCUCACCGAGCUCAUCCGGUGAACAGACCAUCCUAGUUGAACUCGGAGAUCUCCCUAUUGCCUUGGAUCGGGGAUCAGGCCUCAAGAAUGACUCCAAAGCUAUAGCCGUUGUUCACCAGUAUCUGACCGAGCACAGAGAUGUCAAGCCGCUGGCUCAAGUCCAAGCUGAUCGUACCCGCUACCUUGGAAUGACUAACACCGCCGACGUCGCAAACUGGGCGACUCUCGACCAUUCAAUCACGGUUGGUGCUGUAGAUACCCAACAGCUUGGCAGACUACAACAGUCUUGUCAAAGGAGCGAACCCUUCCCGUACGCCGUCUUGCAUAUCCGUUGGGAGUUCGCUCGAAUGCCUGCUGUUGUCCGUGCCUUUGACGAGUCGCACUUGGCAUACAGAGUCCACGAAUUCACGAUCGAAGACAUGGCCAUUCGCCAAAUCCAGAAAGAGCUUCCUCGUCCGUCAUGGCAACACCUUCUCCACCACGAUAUCACGAAACUACCUCUGCCGCAUGCACCCAGCUUUAAUCGACUCAAGACCACUACGCGAAUGAGAAUGGUUACAAGCGACUUGAGUGGGACGUCCUCAGGCCCGUCCUCGAGCGAGGGCCAGACAGACAGUGUCUUUUCUAGCGGCACCCACGGGAAUUCUUCCGUAACUUCUGAGGAAACUCGGGGCCUUGCACUCAGUUCCCCGGUGGAGUCGCGGUCGAAACUAGAUCAGAAGCCACGAAAGAAGAGGGCACGCAUUGUGGUUCCAGAGCCAGAACCAAGGUUCAGAUACUGGAACGAGUUUGACGACGGCGAUUCAGACGUCAACCCAGGCGAAGGCGAAUCGUAUGCCAUCUAUGUCGAUCCAAACGAGCCUACUUUCCCAGGGCUUUUCGAAGCAUGGAAAUUCAUCAAGUCUUCAUGGCCGUUGAGAUUGAUCAUUGCCGACAAAGCAUCCUCGAAUGAACGGACACCCUUAUUGUAUGACGAAGAUACCGCUUCCAUUGCGUCGUCAGACUCUGACUCCUUUGUCGAGGCGCAACAACAACAGCUGCGCCGGGGCUUGGUUUGGGGUCUGGUUGGCGGAGUGGCCAUUAGCUUUUUCAUCGGUGUCGCAGUUUUGGCCUUCUGCAUUUUCAGCUUGACAUAA